AUGGUGACCUCGGAGUUCCAUCGUCGACUGGCCGCCUCUGUCGCAGCUUUAACUCUUCGGAGAGCUAACAGUGGGGGUAGGCACAACAAAGACAAUGGCCAAGCAAGGAAAAGGGAGGAUAAGGCUCGCAGUUCUGAACAUGGGGAGCAACAUGAAGAGGAGCGAGAGAAAGAAGAAGAGAAGGAAGAGGUUAAAACAAUCAGUGGCAUAGUUAACUCUGCUCGUUCACUAGACGAUGACGAUGACGAUAUGCUUUCCGAGAUUGAGAGCCUCCUGUCAGGAGACAUUGACAUCCCUAUACCACGUGAUCGGUUUGAUGUCAAUGGACGGUCACGGUACAAUGCUUACAUGGCUAACCAGGCCUUUGAGAUAGAGAGACUGCACAACCUGGUGAGGGAGAUGGAAGAGAGGGAGGCGAAGCUUGAGGGUGAGCUUACUUACAUGGCUAACAAGGCCUCUGAGAUAGAGAGACUACGUAGCCUGGUGAGGGAGAUGGAAGAGAGGGAGGCGAAGCUUGAGGACAAGCUUGCUUACAUGGCUAACGAGGCCUCUGAGACAGAGAGACUGCGCAGCUUGGUGAGGGAGAUGGAAGAGAGGGAGGCGAAGCUUGAGGGUGAGCUGCUGGAGUACUAUGGAAUGAAGGAAAUGGAGACUGACGUCACUGAGCCGCAAAAGCAGCUCAAGAUCAAGACAGUGGAGAUCAAUAUGCUCAAUGACACCAUAAACUCACUGCAGGAGGAGCGGAAGAACAAGACAGUGGAGAUCAACAUGCUCAGCGACACCAUAAACUCACUGCAGGAGGAGCGGAAGAAGCUACAAGAUGAUGUUGCAUGUGGAGAAGUUGCCAAGAAAGAGCUCGAAGUGGCUAGGAGCAAGAUCAGGGAGCUGCAACGGCAGAUACAGCUAGAAGCAGGUCAGACAAAAGGUCAGUUAAUGUUGUUGAAACAGCAGGUCAUCGGAUUGAAGGCCAAGGAGGAAGAGGCGGCAAAAAAGGAAGCCGAAGUUGAGCGAAAGCUAAAGAAGCUCAAGGAGUUGGAAGCGGAGGUACUUGAGCUAAGGAGGAAGACCAAGGAGUUGUUGUAUGAGAAGAGAGAUCUCAUUGUGAAAUUGGAUGUAGUUGAAGGAAAAAUAACUGAGAGUGAUGUGGUUGCCAAUGCAAGAGAAGAGAUAAACAAGCUAAGGCAUACAAAUGAGGACCUCACAAAGCAAGUGGAAGGCCUACAGAUGAACAGGUUUAGUGAAGUAGAGGAGUUGGUAUACCUGCGUUGGGUCAAUGCCUGUCUGAGAUUUGAGCUCCGCAACUAUCAGACUCCAUCAGGGAAGGUGUCUGCAUGUGAUCUUAACAAGACACUGAGCCCCAAAUCACAGGAGAGGGCCAAACAACUUAUGUUGGAGUACGCAGGAUCUGAACGGGGUCACGGUGACACAGACCUUGAGAGCGUUUCUUCAAUGCCUUCUUCACCUGGAAGUGAAGACUUUGACAACAUUUCAAUUGAUAGUUCUUCCAGCAGAUACAGCUUCCUAAGCAAAAGGUCUAAUCUGAUGCAAAAAAUCAAAAAGUGGGGAAGGAGCAAGGAUGACAGUAGUAGUUUAGCCUCCCCAAUCGGUGGUUCUCCACUGAGGAAACCAAAGGGCCCCCUAGAAGCUCUCAUGCUAAAAAAUGCUGGAGAUGGUACAACCAUAACAACAUAUGGAAAGAGGGAUCCCAAUGAUGCCUUGGACGAUGAAAAUAUCGCAUCCUCAUUCCAAUUGAUGUCCAAGACAGUCGAAGGUUUUGCUGAUGAGAAGUAUCCCGCUUACAAAGAUAGGCACAAACUUGCAACUGAACGGGAAAAGACGAUAAAAGAGAAGGCUGGACAAGCAAGAGCACAAAGGUUUGGCGGUGGACACAGUUCAGCUCUUAUUUCCUCUCCUAAAGGUGCACUCCCUCGGAAACUUGCUCAAAUCAAGGAGAGAUCCCCUACAGCUAAUGCUGAAUCCAGUGAGCAAUCUAGUGACAACCAAAACAACACCCUGGUGGUGAGCCAGAUGAAGCUUGCCAACAUUGAGAAGAGAGCAACAAGAGUUCCCAGACCACCUCCCCCUCGAUCAGCCAUUGCUUCAGGGGCUACCAAUACUGCAAGUGGAGUACAAACGCCACGUGCACCAGGUGCACCUCCUCCUCCUCCACCACCUCCAGGGAAAGCUGGUGGUCCACCGCCACCACCGCCACCUCCAGGUGCUCUACCAAGGAACCUUGGUGGGGGUGACAAGGUACACCGUGCACCGGAGAUUGUGGAGUUCUAUCAAAGUCUCAUGAAGCGUGAAGCAAAAAAAGAGACAUCUUUAGGAUCAAUGUCAUCCAAUGUUUCUGAUGCCAGGAGUAACAUGAUUGGAGAGAUUGAGAACAGAUCGACAUUCCUCUUAGCUGUAAAAGCUGAUGUGGAGACACAAGGAGAAUUUGUUGAGUCUCUAGCAAAUGAGGUCCGAGCAGCGAGUUUUGUAAAUAUUGAUGAUGUUGUUGCAUUUGUAAAUUGGUUGGAUGAGGAGUUAUCUUUCUUGGUUGAUGAGCGAGCAGUGCUAAAGCAUUUUGAUUGGCCAGAGAGCAAAACAGAUGCAAUAAGAGAAGCAGCUUUUGAGUACCAGGAUCUGAUAAAGUUACAGAACAAGGUUUCAUCCUUUACCGAUGAUCCACAACUUGCAUGUGAAGAAACUCUCAAGAAGAUGUAUUCUUUGCUUGAAAAAGUGGAGCAGAGUGUCUAUGCACUACUCCGUACAAGAGACAUGGCCGUCUCACGCUACAAGGAGUAUGGGAUCCCAUUUGACUGGCUGUCUGAUUCUGGAGUAGUUGGGAAGAUCAAAUUGGCAUCUGUUCAGCUUGCGAACAAGUAUAUGAAGAGGGUUGCCUCAGAACUUGAUGGAUUGGAAGGCACUGAGAAAGAGCCCAAUAGAGAGUUUUUGCUUCUCCAGGGUGUGAGGUUCGCUUUCCGGGUUCAUCAGUUUGCUGGGGGCUUCGAUGCAGAAAGCAUGAAAGCUUUUGAAGAGCUAAGAAGCAAGAUGACCACACAGACAUCUGCUCCACAGAUAUCUGAAGGCUGA